AUGGCUACCCUUCAACUCGCUUCUUGGGCGACAAACCUCACCUACGCUAAUCUUACCACCGGCGUCCUCACCGCAGCUAAUAAAUCCUUCUACAACUGGGCCGGCUGCGCAAUCGGCGGCUUCGCUUCCCAACCCGCGCCCCAAAUUGCGCUCAACACCACCCUCUCCCCUUUCUCCGGCCCACCCACUUCCUCCAUCCUCGGCGCAAACGGCUCAAUAGCGCUAGGUUUCGCGGACGCACAGGUCGCUGCUUUGGUUAAUGGUAUUGCGAGUCACGUCGACGACUACGAUGACACGCAUCUGGAGACCAUCAUCCACCCCGCGGGGCCCGUAGCCAGCGCGCUGCUCGCCAUCGCGGAGGCCAUGGGCCCCGUCAGCGGCCAGGACUUCAUGACCGCCUUCGUAGCGGGCGUCGAGGCGGAAUGCAAGCUCGGGCUGAGCGUGUACCCGCAGCACUACGACGUCGGCUGGCACAUCACAUCCACGACGGGCAGCAUCGGCGCCGCCGUCGCCGUGUCCAAGCUCCUGCGCCUCGACACGCCGCACACGGCGCAGGCCAUCGGCAUCGCGUCCACCCAGGUCAUCGGCAUGCAGGUCUUCUUCGGCUCCGACACCAAGGCCUUCCACAUCGGGCGCGCGGCGCAGAGCGGCCUGCUCGCCGCGCUGCUCGCGCAAAACGGGUACACGUCUGCCGACACGGCGCUCGAGGCCAAGUACGGCUGGCUGCACGUCACGAGGGAGAAGGGGCUGGAUGUCGCGGAUGUGAAGGCUAUCGAGCUGCGCGUUAACCCCGAGGUCCUCGUGCUGACGGGCAAGACGGCGCCGACGACGGGGCUGGAGGCCAAGUUCAGCAUCUACCACGCCGCGGCUAUCGGGCUGCUGUACGGGGAAGCGACGCCGAGCCAGUUCACGGAUGAGGUGGUCAGGAAUAGCACGGUCGUCGAUAUGCGCACGAAGGUUAAUGUUACUGAGGACGAGGAAGUGCCGACGGAUGCGGCGUAUGUGAGCGUGGAGUUUAGCGAUGGCACGACGCUUGAUAAGCAUGUCGAGCAUGCAAAGGGCAGUUUGGAGAAUCCGCUGAGUGAGGCGGAGUUGAAGACGAAGUUUAUGGAGCAGGUUACACUGGCGAUUGGGGAGGCGAGGGCGGAGAGGGCGUAUGAGGCGUUUACGAAUGCAGGGGGGAUGGAGGAUGUGGGGAGGAUUAGGGGGAUGUAUUGA